AUGCAAGAGGCUAAUAGCAUGGCCCUCAAGGCGGAACUUAUGGAGAAAUCUGCCGAUUCACCUAUCCAUGCAAAAGAGAAAGGUAGGAAAGUUGCACAGGUUCCUGGGAAUAAUAAUACUAAUAAAUGGCAGGGCACAAAGGGAGCAACAGAAGGUAAUAGCCAUACUGGGGAUAAGGGUCGUUUCCGGAGACCGAAUCCUUAUGCAAAACCUUAUGGAGAUCAUUGUUAUUAUUGCAGCAAACCGAGCCAUAAAUCCACCGAUUGUCCCAAUCGUAGGCAAGUUAACUUGGCUGAAGCAAAUGAGGAUGACAAUGAGGAUCAUGGUGCUGAUGAAGAGUACGAAGGAGCUGAUUUUGCUUAUGAGAAAGGUGACGAAUUAAUUAACCUAGUCUUGCAUCAGGUGUUACUCACACCAAGACAAGAGGAAGGGCAGCGACAUAAGAUCUUUCGAUCUUUUUGUACUGUGAACAACAAGGUGUACAAUUUAAUUAUCGAUGGUGGCAGCUGCGAGAAUCUCAUAUCCAAAAAAGUCAUGGAUUAUUUAAAGUUUCCAACAGAGAAGCAUGAAUCACCUUAUUCCUUGAGAUUGGUGAAGAGAGGCCCUUCAGUUCAGGUGACAGAAGUUUGCAAGGCCGUUGUCCAUUGGAAAGCAUUAUAA